CAGUGUAGACUUUCCUUCUCACUUGCCAAACAAGAGGGCAAGCGUUCGGUCGACGUUCAGAAGUGCUCCGUUCGUUUCAAGUGAAAAAGUGCAUUGAAAACCAUUUGCCAUCGAGUAAAAGCAGUGAAUACUCUCAAAAUCCACCUCGAAACGUUUUAAAACCAGUUCGUGCUCUACCGCAGCUCACACUGACCCUGCUCAGGGUGCUAAAAAUUGAAGCAGAGAAAAGUGAACACUCCCGGGUAGCCCAAAGCAAAGCAUCGCCAUCUUUUUUUUCACACACUCUGUGGUGGUGGUGGUGCGCAUUAUCGAUUUUUCACCACACAUCGGUUAGCAAGAAAAGGAAAAAAAGAACCCACCCGCACAGCGCGGGUUAUUGAACGAACAAUAGAACAAACUGUUUUGUCCGGAAUUGUCCGGAACUCAUCGCACCUGCCGCCCAGACUCCGUUUCUUCUUCGGCCGCUUCCGACGACAUCGAACGUAUUGCUCCGCUGCGCUCCACCUACACACAUCCACCCUUCUACGCGCGCCAUUAAGCCGUGCCCCGUGCGCCCGCCCGCUCGUCGACGAUAAUCGCCCAACCUACGACGACGUCAAACACGUCGACGAACUACUACUGCGCUACUACUACUACUUCCUACCACACGCAAAGUGCAGGGCGCUGUGCAUUUGCAUCGACGCGCAGUUGGCAGUGUGACCUCAACCUGUCCCUCUGUGCCCUCCCUGUGCGCGUGUGCGCUACGACGUUCUUCGAAGGAAGAAAGGAAGAGAGAGAGAGCGAGUGCUCUAGAGCAAGUAGUUAACGGCGCGACAGCUUCUUCGAGCAACAGCAACAGUUGCAUCGUCGACAAAGAGAGAGAUAGAGAGAGAGGCAGAUAAGAGAGCGUGCGAUACGGAACACUCCUCACAGUCCUCAUCGUCCUCGUCAACGCAUCUUCCAGAGCCAUCGUCUGCGAUCCUGUAGCGUGUAAGCAAACCUUACUAGCGACUUACAAAGCUCUUAUCCUCUACACCUAGUAGACGAUACGUAUUGUCUGUGUGUCUCUGUUUUGGGAGGGGUGGGAAUUACUGAGUCAGAGAGAAGGCGAAAUUUUGGGCGAAGCAUAGGGAACUGUCUAACAAACCAAACCAAACAAAAACCACACACUGUUUGAUUUGAUUUAAACAGCGUUCAGCGACGAACCCCGGUACACACGCGAGCACAAGCAGCAGCGGAUAGCGGAAGGCGAGAGCAGCAACCCUCUUCCCCGUAAAAACAGCAAGGGCAAAUAAAGAUGGGCGAUUCGAAGGGCACGCGCGUCUACGUCGGCAACCUGACCGAUAAAGUGAAGAAGGAGGAUCUCGAGGGCGAAUUCACCAAGUACGGUAAAUUGAACUCUGUCUGGGUAGCUUUCAAUCCACCAGGUUUCGCGUUCAUUGAGUUCGAAAACAAGGAGGAGGCGGAAACGGCCUGCGACAAUCUGAACGGCCAGGACAUACUCGGCUCGAAGCUGCGCGUCGAAAUCUCGAAGGGCCGGCGCAACCCGCGCGGCGCUUCGCGUGGCUUCCGCGGGCCGCCGGGCCGCAACGGGGGCAGCGGUGGCGGCAGUAUCGGUGGCAGUGGCGGUGGCAGUAGCUUCCGGAAUGGGUCGCGCGGUGGCUUCCGGGACGGUGGCGGCUCGAGCUAUCGGAGCGGCAGUAGUGGCGGCGGCGGUAGCAGCUUCCGUGGCGGGAGCCGUAGCUCCGGCCGGUUUGACGGCGGGUACGGUAGCAGUGGCGGCGGUGGUGGACGCUCGAGCGGUUACAGUCGGGAUGGGGGCCGCGACGGUGGCUACGGCAGCAGUGGCGGCAGCUUCGGAGGCGGUGGCGGUUAUGGUGGUGGUCGUAGCAGUGGCGGCGGCGGCGGUGGUGGUGGCGGUGGCGGACGUUUCCGUUCACGGUCGCCGGUUGGUGGUCGUGGUCGGUAUUAAGGCGGAACCGGACCGACGACCGGCGGUUGGGCGCUUGGUGGUUCAAAGUUCUCCCUUAAAACUGUUUGCCAGCCACAGGCUCAUGUGUGUGUGUGUGGAAGACAAGAAAAGGCCAAUGAUGAUGAACUAAAGAGAAAUAACUUCAAUUAGCAUUUAAGCCAAACUAAUGGAACUGUUGUGUAUAUGGUUUGACAAGGGGCAUCACAAAGGCCACACACAAAUGAGAGCCUAGCCCACAGUAGCACCCUAUUCUAGAUAUAUAUGUGGAUCUUUGGUUGUAUGUUUUAAGUUCAAACUAAAAAGGGGUACGCGAAGGAUAGCAGUAGAAGCCAAACUAUGCGAUGAUUCAGUUUCGAAAGGAGAUUAAGGAUUUUAAAAGUGACAAUUUUAGCUACAAACGAAGCGCUAAACCAGCAGAUCUUUAGAGAUUGUUUGUAAAGCCAAGCGUUUAGAAGUGAACGGAAAUAGCCUGACCGGCAUGCUCUACUACAAACACCAGUAUCUAUUCCUCUUCGCCCCACAUGUCUCGACGAAACCAUUGAGGCAAUGAGUCUGUGUUUAGUGAACCUACCCCAUUAACAAAGUGUCUCGAAGCUAGGAGGCAAUGAACAAACCACAGAACGUGCGAAGCGAAUAUAUAUUAGCAAUGUAAGCAACUUUCAUUUUUGUAAACAUUUGUCAUAAGCGCCACAAAAUGUGAACUACACACACCCAUCGUAUGGACAACAAAUACUGUUGUACUCUCCUCCCCCAUUUGUAAUUACAAUUAUCGGACUCAUACUCUGAAUUAUAUAGAAUGAAAUUAUCCUUUCGCACUAGGAAAAGGCGUGAAACCUACGUUUACUAAUUGGCUCGAAUGUUUAGACCACUUGUUUUAGUCGAAUUACGUUCAAUUGAUGUGUACCCCACAGGGUGUGUAGAUCAUCGUCACGAGGAGUUUGUUCCUUAGUCAAUCCUUCGCCAGAGCAAUAGGAUAUUCUCCUGAAAAAUAUAGAUUGGCAUGUGUGUUUUAUUGUGAAGAAGCAAAUGUAACACACCGUUUGGCUAUGGCAGUCACAAAAUCCGAUUAAAGGAAGGGGAAAAAAGUAAAGCAAUAGCAAAACAGCAGUAAAGUGUGGUGCGUGUGUAUGUUCGCAUCGAUAAUCUUAUAACAGUUUUAGGUUAAAUUAUUUAUGUUGUGUGAUCUAAAUCUCCCAUCCCCUACUCAUCACCACUCGUUGCGGGUGGUGCGCACUCGAGGAGAGUUUUCUUGCUGCCAGCUGGAUCUCAAUACAAAAAGAGAGGAAGAAAGUGCUGAUAAAACCACCGCCUCCGACACGUUUAAUGUGAAAAAGCGAUAGUUUGAGGGAAAUAAGUAGGAAAAUUGUCCUCGUUUCACAAACUCUUGCGUACAACGGUCGUACAAAGCAGAAGACGAAGAAGAAGGAGGUGAAAUGGUGUUACACACAGUGGCUUCCCCUCUUGCACUAGUUGUGGACAAAAAAAACAGAUAAUCUCUCGUACUUUUUAGUGCAUCAUCCACACUUCCUGAGUAAAAACAAAAAUGCAACAAAAAUUUAUGAAAAAAAGAUAAAUAAAAACAUAAUACCUAGAAAUAGAAUAGAA